AUGGUCGAGGAGGAGCACUCGUCCUCAGACGAGGAAAUGGACACCGAAACAAGCAAGUUGGAGGCGGCAGCUUUAGCUAGAAAGAAAAGGCUUUUGGAAAUGAAGUCACGCAUGCACGGUAUCGAGAUGAAAGAAGAAGACUACAGAGAGGAUAGCCAGGAAACAAAGAAAAGUAAGACUGAAGAGAAAACGUUCAGAAGUUACAAACCAUUCUCAGAGGAGAUCGGUAAACCAGCACAAGAAAAGAUAAAGCUCGAUGUCGUUGAAGAACUCAUUGCGACCCAUUUGGAGGAUACUAAGAACGUGAAGCCUGUAGAAACUGUCGAUUUAUCAACAUUAGCACCGAAGAAAAUUGACUGGGAUUUGAAAAGAGACAUAGAGAAGAAGUUGCAGAAGCUCGAAAGGAAAACCCAGAAAUGUAUAGCUGAGAUGAUUCGGCAGCGACUUGCUGAAGGCAAAGGAGACCUAGCAAGCACUGUCAAUGCAGGAGUAUGA